AACAUUACGACAUGUUCGCUACUUUGAUUAUUAAAUGUCCCUCCUCACGUUUCAUUCCAGAGUUUAGAAAACUUAAAAGGAACAAUAAUCUGUUAACGACUCAGUCUCUUGUAUUCUAAGUUACCUCAUAUAUUUUUAUUUUCUUUUAACUAAGAAAUAUGACAAUUUAGCAUUAUCAUCCCGCUGAGCUAACACGAAAAUUACUCACAAAAAGGUGUUGUGUGACCUGCCUCAUGCAGUUGUCCCUUGGACACUACGGGCAAGCUCUCAGGUCACUAAGGCCAACUCUAACCCGAUUUUCUUUGUCAGGUAUCUCCAGAAGGAUCCUUCAACGGUGUGUGCAACCGGGAAGGAAAACCCGCUCUCAUACCUCUGACAGCAUUCAAGACCACUAUAUUCAUAAUCAAUCUUCCCCUUCGGUUCCUAUUAUUCCUCCUACCUCGACUUUGAACUCUGAACUUCCUCCUCAAGUGUCACCAUGGCCAACGAUUCUAGUGCGCAAAAUACUUUCUCAAGUCUACUGAAACCUGGCUCCAAACCACACAUUAGGGCCUUCAGUGUACUUACUCUGUGUCAAAUCGGCCGACAGGCCUCGUUGUAUAGGAUCUCGUACGAUUGAUGUAUUCUGUGUCUCCAAAAUAGGUAUACAGGAUGCUAAUGUGGUCAUUGACUUGACCUCACCUCGCCAAAACAGAGAGCCUACCAGAUUCACCCUCCGUCUAUCUGGCGACCAGAUGGCUAGUUCUCAUCGACUGAUGUCUAGGCAUAGCAGUAAGUAUGAAGGCAGAAGAGGCACUGUUAGAAUAGAUUGGCGUUAACAGUCGCCUAUAUGCUGUUCGGCUAAACGGCUCCGUAAGAACUCGGAUGGAUAGGGGCACGUGGCGUUGCGUUUUCGUCAGUUCUGCCUACGCUCUCACUGACUGUAACCCGGACGAAGUGAAGGAUGAAUUUUACAGAGAGCUUCCCAAAGUUCUUCAAAAAUCUAAGCACUCAGACGCAGUACUCGUAGUAGAUGACUUUAAUGCCCAAGUAGGUAGAUUAAACCAGAUGGGAAGACAUUUAGGUGGGUAGUUGUGUAUUCUGGCUCAGCGAACAGAUAAUGGUGACCGUCUACUGCAGCUGUGCUCAGACGAUCGUUUAUUUUUAACAAGCACCAAUUCUAAGCAUGAGAGGCAUCGUCUAACAUGGCGACCCCCUACACCAAACUGAAAUAGACCAUAUUGCCAACAGACUAAUAUUUUAGCUCAAAUCUGGGAGUUGGACGUAAUCCUAUCUGAAUGGUCCCUAUCACUGAUUGUCCCAAUACAUAAGGAGUCAAAAUCAUCCUGUGAUAACCAUAGUGGGAUUAUUUUGUCCAAUAUAGCAUCUAAAAUACUAACAUCAAUUAUAAUCGGACGCCUAAUAAAGACUCAUGAACUGCAAACACGGGAAAAUCAGGCUAACUUCAGACCUGGUCAUGGCUGCAUCGACCACAUAUUCGCCAUUAUUCAGAUCUUAGAACACAAGUAUGCUUACCGGCGUCUGACAAUUGUGGUCUUUCUUAACUUAAAAUCAACAUUUGACUCUGUAGACUGAGAGGUUCUGUGGCAGUGUCCGUCAUUUUAAGGUGUAUCUUAAAAGUACAUAAACCUUGUGAAGGCUCUUUACUGGAACACUACUAGUCGAGUCAGAGCUUAUGGCGACUUGUCUUCUGAAUUUGGUAGUACACAGAUGGUCGUCUGUAUUGCAUUGCUACUCAUUUUUCUCGCAACCAAAAAGUUUCUAAAGCGCUACUUAUGUUCUGGUGUUUAUAAGGGAUUUAUUUCAUUGUGACUAUGGAGUGUAGAACUUUAACAAAUAUCUCAAUAGGGCUGGUGAAAGUGAGUUUUUAGACACUGAGUCAUCUGCAAAAAUAGUAAGGUAUUACUGGAAUCACGUAAAAACUGGCCAAGUGUUGGGAACACGAACCUGUAUUUUAUUGGUUAUUUAUACUAAAGAUGUCCACAAUAAUUGAAAACAGUAUGCAUUGCAAUCCAUCAAGGUGCACUGACUGAUAUGCUUCCAAGUUUCAACGUUUUUAACCACUGUAUGCUUCAUUGUGAUGCUUUUUUAUGUUCUUAAGUAUUUCUUAUCAAGUACUAACUUUGUAAAUUUAGGUUUUGACUCUAGGUCUCAGGUCUCUAUGGAAAGAAAGUAAGCCAUGAGAUGUUCCGUCUGAUACGUUGUCCUCUGACUACUAAAAGAACAUCAUUUCUCAAUAGUGUUAUUUCAUUUGCAAUGGGACGUCCACUUACUACGGACACAAUAGAUUUAACACCAUUUCCUGAGUUAUAUACUAAAGAGAACAUCAUUUUACAUAAAAUUUUCAAUAAGUAUGGGUUUGAUCUACGUAUCGCCGGAGGCGCAGUACGUGAUAUUUUACUAGGAAUUUCUCCACAUGACAUUGACUUCGCAACAAAUGCUACUCCACCUCAGAUGUGUGAAAUGUUUUCCAAGGAAGGAAUUCGAAUGCUGAAUAGAAAUGGAGAAUCACAUGGAACUGUUACAGCCAGAAUUAAUGAUAAGGAAAAUUUUGAAGUUACCACUCUACGUAUUGAUGUUGUCACAGAUGGAAGGCAUAGUGAAGUUGUCUUUACAAAUGACUGGAAGUUAGAUGCUGAAAGAAGAGAUCUUACAGUGAAUUCGAUGUUUCUAGGUGUUGAUAUGCAGGAGCUAUUUGAUGAGGCUAAUGAAGCAACAACAGAUUCUUCCGCAAAUGAAAAUAAUACAAGUAAUAAACAAAAAGUGUUAGGACAUUUAUGGGAUUAUUUUAACGGUUGCGAUGACUUGAAAAAUCAUCGCAUACGAUUUGUAGGGGAUCCAGAUGCUAGGAUAAAAGAGGAUUACUUAAGAAUACUAAGAUAUUUCCGAUUUCAUGGUCGUCUGUCAACAGAAGACACAUAUGAUAGGCAUGAUGAAGAUGUGUUGAAGACUAUAGCCUCAAAUGCUAAUGGUUUGUCAAUAAUAUCUGGUGAACGCUGUUUCAGUGAAUUGAAGAAAAUUCUAUUAUACCCUUCAACUCCAUUCCUUUUACGUCGGAUGGCAGAUGCUGGGCUAUUUGUUCAUUUAGGUCUUCCCGAAAACCCUAACUUUAAGGAAUUAGAUAAAAUUUGGAAUAGAGGUAUACUUUCUUCUGCACCAAACCCGAUUACUUGUUUAGCUGCAAUUAUGACAUCGCCUGUUGAAGUUGAGAACUUAGACAAACGUUUACGUUUAUCUAAUCUAGAUUUAACUAUUCUAUUGUACAUAUUACAUAAACGCGAUUAUUAUUUUAAUUUAUCUAAUGAAAAUGAUAAAAAUGAAAUGAAAUUUUAUCAAAAAGAAUAUUUAUUAUCAUUUGAACCGAAUAAAAUAAAACCAGCUAUAACUGAAUUAUUAAAAUAUUUAGGCAAAGAUAAAUUAUUUAUUGAUGAAUGGUUAUCAUGGCAACCACCAAAGUUUCCAGUCAGUGGUACAUUAAUUAUUGAUCAAUGGGGUAUACGUAAUAAAUUAAUUCGACCAGUUUUAUUUAAACUACGUGAACAGUGGUGUGAAUCAGACUAUAAAUUAUCAACCGAUGAAUUAUUAACUGAAAGUAAUAAACAAUUUAUAUUGGAUCAUUUAAAUAAUCAUUCUCUUGAUUGUAUACCUGAAAGAUUUAUAAUUCAAGCUAAAAAAUCACGAAGAUGACAAUAUUGACUCGUUUAUUUUUUUGUAGUAUGUAUAUGUAUUUACAUAAAUAUAUAUGAAGUGUUA